GGGAGAGAGAGGCUAGGAGGGAAGACAAGAGCAUCCCCCCAUCUCCCAAGUCAAUGCAUGUUGCGGUGAGCCCGGCAAAGCAGCCCUCACGGUGGAGUCGGCCGGGGCUGCGCGCUCCCAAAAUAUGACCAGGGGCGCCGGGACGUGCAGCCGGCACUACGACCACGGCUCCGACCUCUGCUUCGCGCCCCGGGAGCACGACAAACCCUUCGCCGACUCGGAGAGGGCUCAGAAAUGGCGCCUGUCCCUGGCCUCGCUCCUCUUCUUCACCGUCCUGCUCUCUGAUCACUUGUGGGUCUGCGCCGAGGCCAAGCUGGCCAGGACCCGGGACAAGGGGCGGCCGCGGCGCGGAGCCGCGCCGGAGCCCCUGGCUGGCAUGGGGGAGCCCUCGCCCGCAGCCCGGAGCCUCCUCUCGCCCAGCCUCCCUCCCUCCCCCAGCAGCAGCAGCAGCAGCAGCAGCAGCAGAGGCCAGAGCCGCCACCCCCCCCGCAGCGACCAGGCUAUUUUUCUAGGAAACUCCACCAACCCCUUGUGGCGCCUGGAGACCUGCUACCCUCGGAGCUCCCCGCCUGCCCAGUGCUUCAGCGUGGGGGACGCGGAGUCCGCGUGCAGGAGGCCGCCGGGUCCGGGCCAGCAGCAGCAGCAGGUGCCUGGGGCUGGCAAAGCUCCUGGCUGGAACUUGACGGAUUUUUACCUUUCCUUUUGUAAUGCUUACACCCUCUGGGACUUGUUCGCCGGGCCGUCCAACCCGGACACUUUGAACUGCAGCCUGGACGCGGUGCUGGAGGAGGAGGGCUCCUGCAGCCAGUGCGUCCAGGCUUACCAACGCUACGACCAGCACGCUCAGGAGAAAUACGAAGAGUUUGAGGUUAUGCUCCAGAAAUAUUUGCAAUCGGAUGAAUACUCGGUGAAAUCGUGUCCUGAGGAUUGUAAGACUGUCUACAAAGCCUGGCUCUGUUCCCAGUAUUUUGAAGUCACACAGUUUCACUGCAGCAACAGAAUUCCUUGCAAGCAAUACUGUUUGGAGGUUCAGACAAGGUGUCCAUUUAUAUUACCAGACAAUGAUGAUGUCAUCUAUGGAGGACUAUCAAGUUUCAUCUGUACAGGGCUCUAUGAAAACUAUCCAACCAAUGCAGAACCAGAAUGCUGUGAUGUCAGAUGGGGACUAUUAUCAGAUCACCAAUCCAAAGGGACUAUAAAAUCAAGUGACUCAACGAUGUGUCACAGGACAUCGCUCACAGUUUCAUCAGCAUCAAGACUGUGUAAUAGCAGACUUAAACUGUGUGUUCUUGUAUUAAUUCUCUUACAUACAGUACUUACAGUCUCAGCAGCACAGAACUCAACAGGACUGGGCUUUGGAGGCAUAACAACUAUGGACGAUAAUUCAACUAAUGAAGAAUAAAAGAAAGGAUUCAUAAAAUGUGAUAGACAUACAAGAGGCCCAAAUGUACUACAGUCAAAUAUAACAGAGACUGGGUGCUUUUACCCUCAGAUCACUUCUUGAAAGGCCUUCUGGGUAAAAUUAAAAGGAUGGGCCACAAUCCAAACAAGGACACAUGAACACAGCUUUUUAUUGACUAAAAGGCUGUAUGGUGACUUAAAUUUCUCACACCAUUUUAUACACUGUGUUUUAAUGUUUGGAGUUUCUUUUUUGUUUGUUUUUGCACUUGUUAAUACAGGAUUUUAUUUUUGGGAUGGUUUCUCAAAGCUAAACUAAGUCUUUUCACUGUCGAUAUAUUUCUAGUCAUUGUGUGUGUUCAUCUGAUAGUUCUGUCUUUUAUGUCCUGUCAGUUUCUAUUAGAGGAAUGACUGCUAUGAUUCCAUGACAUAGCUAAAAAACAACAAAAAAACAACAAAAAAACCCAACAAAAAACCACAAAAAAAUAAUACCUUACUGUCCUUUUACCCAUGGAAACCAUUCUUCUCCUCCUCCCUUUCCCAUCUCCUGUUAGCAGACAACAUCCACUUGCUUCUGUCUGUGUAAUCACAAUGAAUGGGUACACCUAAUUCCGGUGUACCUCUGCCACUGUUGCACAAACCAGCUGACUGAGCAAACCCAAAGGGAGCAUGAUGGGGGUUCCUUUUAGCUGAACAAACAAGUGCUCUCCUUAUAAGGUGGGAUCAGACAGUUAACAAAUUUUUAUGUAAAGAUAUAUAUAACAAACUGUUAUUCCAAAUCCCAUUUCCAAAAAGUCCAGUCCUUUCUCGCUGGUCAGUUGAACAGGAGCAGCCUUUUCAGAUGCAGUAUGUGAAACUAGUUAAGCUCAGCGAGUUAAUAGUCAGGAAACCUUCACAUUGGAGGUUAAAGAUUGGCAUUCAUUGUGAAUUACGUUUUGAGUUCCACUGAAGUCACGUAACCAGCAAAUAUCCACAACAUAUGGGAACAAAGGUUUUCAGGAAAAACAAAUCUUUUUUGUUCUAAUGAAGCUACAGUAGAAGCACUUGACCACCAACAAUACAAAAUGCGUGUACAAUUUUGAAUCUAUUGUUUUUCUAAUAGCUAUAUGCUGUUGAAAGCUAUUCCAGUUAUUAAGGGUGCAGUGUGUUAUGUUAGCACAGCUAAAGAAUCUGCUUUUUUAAUAAAUAAAUCAAGCAUUUUCAUAAAUGUGCAAUAAAACAGCAAAGAAUAUAAUAGGAUAUUGGUAGUCAAGGGAAAGGAUUGUAAACUGAUUGCCUUUUUUUUUCUUUUUUGUGUGGGAACAUUUCACCUGCUGAGUGUAUGAGAAUUUGCUUUUUAAAAAGGCUUUUUAGAGUUUACAGUAGAAUCAAUGGAAGGAAAAGUUAAUAAGGGCUGUUUUUAAAAACUUUACAUUCCUUCCUAUUCUCUAACUACACUUAGAAAGUGCACUUUAGAGAUGUUUGCUGUGUAGCUGGGAGAUGAAGGAAAACUAUAGGAAAUGUUCUCUUAGCAAAUACAAUUUAGUUAUAACUUUCUAGCUAUGAAAUACCCCUUGAUAAAUAUUUCUGUUAUAAGAGUAUUUAAUCACUGGUGCAUAGGUAUGUGUUUUUAUUCACAUUUUACAGUCUGUAAAAUACUGGAAAAAAAAUCUUACUGCUUAAGCAGUUCAAACUGCAUUUGUUAAGAUGUAAAAGCUCAAAUAUUUUGCAAAAACAUUUGUUUUGAUAGUGUUUUACUAUGACUGGGACUAAAGAUCCUAAGAUGAUCUGUGCAAAUACAAAAAAAGCACCAAAAUGCGAAAUUUUUCAGCUCUGGUUUGUUUCCAUAACUCUCCACCUUUCCCUUCCCCAAACAUAUGAUAUUCUGUUCAAUAAAACAUGGUGCUUUUUUUUUCUGUUAGAGGCACAUGUGUUAAUUACAUUGAACUGAUGCAAACUGUGGAAAAAUGUAGAAAUGUAAAUGAAAAAGCCUUAAUUAAUGGUAGAAUGUAGAUUAAAAAAGGAUGGGAAUAUUAUUGAAGUAGUGGAGCAAUAACUGGGCAUUGUUGUGGUAUUGAAUGAUAGAUUAUAAGUCACACUACUGAGAAAGCGCCUACUAGGUGAGCUCUUGUUCAACUGACCUCUUAAUUAUAUUAAGUGUAUAUGGUCAGUAAACAGUUUGUUAUAACCUUUAUCUACCUCUGCUGUGCAAAGGCCAUUCAACAUCCAUUUCUGUGAUGUUAUUCAUUUAUUUUUGUUCUCACUGUUACCCCUAGUCACCUAUUUUUACACCGCACCAAUAUAGUAGCAAGUCCUAUUCAUCCCAGUUAAACUGGCAUAUGAAGAAGAGUUACCAUUUCUGUUCACUCUACCCUAUUUUGCCUCAUGGUGACACCUAAUGUGGAGAACGAUCUUUAAGGAAUAUUGUUUUCUCUCUCACCAUGUCUCUCUUCUGCCUUUUCUCUUUCUCUUACUCUCUCACCACUUCUUCUCGACCCCAAUCCUUUUGCUUUUCUUUAAAGGUGUUUUCAAAUGGUGUCAGUGAAAAUUAUGACUUCUCCACUGCUUAACUACACUCAGUAACAUGUCAUACUAUAUAGGAGAAACACAGCUGAGGAAAAAACAGUGGUAACAUCAUCAAAUGCAUAAAAUAGCCAAAUUAAAGUUGGACAAAAUGAAGCAGGAAGCAAUUACAAAAUCUUAAUUAUUAAGUAUAAAAUGUAAUAAAAUACUCCCCCUACCCUCACCCUGAGUCAGUGCCUGCAGUUAAAUGGUCUGUGAAUUCUCUGACAUACUUUUGGUAUAUUUCCUUCAUUUAAGGAAAAAAAAAACCAUGUUCCUGGGAUUACUACUGCUAUGAUAUUUGUUACCAUUCCAACCAGGUACAUCAGCCCCAGGAGUGUGGUAUGCAGCUUCUUUUGGGGGCAGCUAGGAAAUCACAAGUAGACAAAGACUCUUUUAUGAAGUUAAAUAACACAUAAUCAUGUAUGAUGCAAAGUUUCAUUUCAUCCAUUCCUCAUUCGUAAUAGUUUUCCUGGCACAAACUUAAGCAUGCUUGAUAUUGUGCACAUAUUACUUUUUUGCCAAAAUAAAUUUGCAUCUUGCCACUGC